AUGAUACUAAGAAGUCUGCUACUGGCUGGAGUAGCCUUGAGCUACGAACUUGCUCAAGAUGUCAUUGGAGAGGGAACCUGCUCCCUUGACAAGCAAGAAGUAACACACCCAGGCAUGUGCGAAUGCAACAAAGAAUGCUGCAAUGGCGCGGAGUCCGAGAAGAUGCUCGGUGGAUGUCCCGUUGACGUCGUUGUUGCUAUCGACAUGUGUCUUUGCACGAAUACAACUAUGUCCGCCUACAAAAGAUUUGGAAUGGAACUCAUCAACUCUCUCAACACAGAAUUCGGAAUCAGCGACAGUGAGAACUCCGCUCGACUCCAUAUUUUCCAGUUCAUGGAAGACACCCACGACGUCACCACUUUCAACACCUUCACCAAGGGAGAGCUCAUCUCCGAUGUCCUCCGAAUGGACUACCAUCAGUACCACGGAAAAGCAACUAAUGUCCGCAAAGCCGUCCAAUAUGGUGCCAAGAUCCUCCAGACCUCCGAGAGAGUCAAUGCAGAGCCACGACAAAUCUUCGUCAUGAUCACAAAUGGUUAUUCCGAUGAAGAUCUUGUUUCACAACGGGAUGUCGAAGCUGAGCUUCAGGGACUUCAAGGCGUUCCUAACUUGAGGACUGUAUUUGUCGCUAGAGGAGACAGUUCGAUUGCUGGUGACCAAAACACCCACACUAACGAAGAUGUUGCCAAGUAUUUCGAUCAACGAGAAUCUCUCGGAUCCUUCCUCGCCCCACAACAGAUUGUUAACGACAUCUCCUGCCCAGCACCACCACCAAUGAAACUCGAACGAGAAUGCAAGUGCACUUGUGACGUUCCAAUGGGUUGCCACGGUCCCCAAGGUCAGCCUGGUAACGAUGGUCGAACUGGAAAGCCUGGUAAGAAGGGUCCAUCUGGUGAACAAGGUGUUCCUGGUGAAGACGGUCCAAUGGGCGACGUUGGUGAGCAGGGUGAGCCAGGUGGAUGUGGUAUGCCUGGCCAUGCCGGCGAAAAGGGUUAUCCCGGUGAAGAUGGAACCUCUGGAAUCAACGGCGUUCGCGGACGACAGGGAGAGCGAGGUCCACCCGGUGUUCCCGGUAAAGCCGGACAAAAAGGAGAAAAGGGCGAGACUGGUGCUCCUGGAGCCCCUGGUGCCCCUGGUGUCAUUGGCGAGCCUGGUGAUCCAGGACAAGCUGGAGAACCUGGUCCACAGGGAGGACUCGACCAGAAAACUCUUAAAUGGCUUCAAUGGGAAUCAACACUCCCCAAACAUAAAUCAGAAGUAUUAUUGAUUAACACACCGUGCCUUGGAAGAAUUCUCUGCCCUUUAUUGUAUAUAUUUUACAGAGGUGCAGGAGCACUGCCCUCAAGUAUGCAUCUCGCGAACAAACCAACCACACCUGCAACAGCGAAAACAGCAUCCCGCGACAACGAAACCAUUUUCUGUAUCCUUUGGCUCGUCCUUCUCACUUCUGCGACUCCUACUAUGAAAACUUUACAUGUGAUUAGGAGCUCUCACUGGGUAUCUAUCGACAUUUCCGCGAACUUUCCAAAUUCCACCUCAAAAUUCAUUUAA